GAGUUUUGCUUUCGUUUGCCGGGCUGGAGCCCUUGGCUUUCCGCCGGCUGAGAAUCACGGAAACACCUUCGCCGCUGGGACCCGGGGCCCUGAGUCUCCCGAGCACUCGGCGCCCCUGCUCCGCGGGGCUUGCCUUCUCUCGCCGAGUGCCUGGAGCUGCUGCCGUUGGUGUCCAUGGCGUACACCAUGACCCCCACACCGGCGGGACCCGUCGGCUCCCAGUACUGCGUCUGCAAAGUCGAGUUGUCCGUCUGUGGCCAGAACCUUCUGGACAGGGAUGUCACCUCCAAAUCCGACCCUUUCUGCGUCCUCUUCAUGGAAGUCAACGGGAAGUGGGUGGAGCUCGACAGGACAGAGACAGCAGUGAACAACCUCAACCCAGCUUUCGCCAAGAAGUUCAUCGUUGACUACCACUUUGAAGAAGUGCAGAAGCUGAAGUUUGCCCUGUUUGACCAGGACAAAUCAAGCAUGCAGCUGUACGAGCAUGACUUCCUGGGGGAAUUCUCCUGCACACUGGGCACGAUUGUCUCCAGCAAGAAAAUAACAAGGACUCUCCUUCUGGGGAACGGCAAGCCAGCCGGGAAAGGGAUGAUAACGGAUAUUUGGUGCAGGGACCACCUUGCCGAGUGUCUGCCUGGUCCCCAGCAUGUGAACCUUCAGCCUCUGCUUCAGUCUUUGAAAUCAGAAAAGCCCCAAUCUGGGGAAGUACAGGAUAAAUCUACGCUGCUGCUGUUUGUUGUGUGCUACCACAUGCCUGCUCAGCCCUCCCUGGAGCCGACGGAGAUAGCUGCCCAGGAGCUGUCGGAUAACAGGGUGAUUACUCUGAGCAUGGCCGGCAGAAAACUGGAUAAAAAGGACCUGUUCGGAAAGUCAGACCCCUUCUUGGAGUUUUAUAAACCAGGUGAUGAUGGAAAAUGGAUGCUGGUCCACAGAACGGAGGUGAUCAAGUACACACUGGACCCCGUCUGGAAGCCUUUCACUGUGCCUUUGGUGUCACUGUGUGAUGGAGAUGUGGAGAAGCAGAUAAAGGUGAUGUGUUACGACUACGACAGUGAUGGGGGACACGACUUCAUCGGGGAGUUUCAGACCUCAGUGGCCAGGAUGUGUGAAGCCCAAGAUGCCUCUCCACUCGAGCUAGAGUGCAUUAACCCCAAAAAGCAAAAGAAGAAAAAGAAUUACAAGAACUCUGGGAUCAUCAUUGUCAAGUACUGCAAAAUAACCAGAGAUUUCUCCUUCCUAGACUACAUCCUGGGAGGCUGCCAGCUGAUGUUUACUGUUGGGAUUGACUUCACAGCCUCCAACGGGAACCCACGAGACCCCACCUCUUUGCACUAUAUCAACCCCAUGGGUACAAACGAGUACUUGUCGGCUAUCUGGGCUGUCGGCCAGAUCAUCCAGGACUAUGACUCGGACAAGAUGUUUCCUGCUCUGGGAUUCGGUGCCCAGCUCCCACCGGACUGGAAGGUAUCCCAUGAGUUUGCCAUUAACUUCAAUCCCACGAACCCAUUCUGUUCAGGUGUGGAGGGCAUUGUCCAAGCGUACUCAGCCUGCCUGCCCCACAUCCGCUUCUACGGACCCACCAACUUCUCCCCCAUCGUCAACCAUGUGGCCCGCUUUGCAGCACAGGCCACCCAGCAGGAGGCUGCAUCCCAAUACUUCAUCCUCCUCAUCAUCACGGAUGGGGUGAUCAGCGACAUGGAUGAGACGAGACACGCCGUGGUGCAGGCAUCCAAGCUGCCCAUGUCCAUCAUCAUCGUUGGGGUGGGCAACGCUGACUUCGCCGCCAUGGAGUUCCUGGAUGGGGACAGCCGGGUGCUGCGCUCCUACACCGGCGAGGAGGCCGUGCGUGACAUUGUCCAGUUUGUGCCCUUCCGGGAUUUCCGCAAUGCCCCCAAGGAGACCCUGGCCAAAGCUGUGCUGGCAGAGCUGCCCCAGCAAGUCGUGCAGUACUUCAAGCACCAAAACCUGCCGCCCAUCAACUCGGAGCCCGCGUAGAGCUGUGCCAGGCUGUGCCCUCUGCAUGUUGCUGAAGCCUGUUGGUCCUACCAAAAGCACGUUCCACAUGCUUCUAAGAGGAGACUACCCUCUCUGAAACACUUUGUACUUCUUAAUUUAACUACUAAGUUCUUAAAACUUGUCCCAGAGAAGCGUCUGGAUUCAUUUUGUACAGUUCCAGCCCGAGGUAACACUAAGCGGCCAGGCCAUGCCCUGGUCCUGCUCUGUUGGGUCAUUUUUCGGUAUUGAAUGUACUUUGUAUAAUUUCAGUGGAACAGGAUACGAUUUUUACAAUCAAACUUGCUUUUUCCAAGCAAUGCAGCGCUUAGUAUCUUAUUAUCAUUCAACGAACUGGUCAUUGUAUAGUUCAUGUAUCUGUGUUGUACCUGUAUGUUCAUUUUUAUACUGUGUACAUGUUAUAUUUGUUAUACUCAGGUUAAUAAAGAAACUUGGACAUUUAAAACAAGGGCCUCCUAGAUGGGAAGGUCACCACCCCGGCUGACCAUGCCCCAGGAUCAGCCCCCGGCUGCGUGACAGAGGGCGAUUCACUGAAGGCAGGAGUGCGCAUGGAUCUCCCACGGAGGGCAGCAUCCCUGCACUCCCUGCUCAGCUCUCAGCACCAGCUGGAGCCAAGGGCAGGGGGCUGCUGUGUGCGGUACUCGGGAAAACUCCGGUGAUCCCGCAGCAAACUGGCAAAGGGAGCUCCAUGGUUCGCUGCUGCUUCAUUGCUAAACAUUUUCCCAAGCCUGAGUAACAGAAGCUCCCUGGUGCCUGCGAGAAGAGGGGCUGGGUAACAAAAUCCUGCUCUCCAGCAGCUCCUUUGAGCCGCUCAUCUGCAAUGUGUUAUCUUCAGCACUAAUUGCUGCUUUCUUCUGUUAACUAGAUUAAGGUCUUCUGAAGCUGGCAGGUAGAAAGGUGAAUAUGCUGCAGGGAUCACCAGGCUUACUCCGAACUCAAGCAGACCUGACCUCCCUCUUCCCCUUCGCAAAAGCGCUCACGGCCAGAGGCUGGUGUCUCUAUAAAGCCCGGAGACACCUGUGUGCACGUGCUGUGCUCAUUGCCACCAGCCACUGCUACCACAUGCGCGGUUGUCGCUGCUGCCACCGUGUCACCAGCACACAGGCUGCCCUGUGUGGUCCCGCAGCUUGGCCAAAGCAUGGAGCCAAAGCUGGCAGUGAGGCCCCAGGUCACCUCUGUGCAUGGCGCUGGGUGAGACCCCAUCCCUUCGGAGAGGUGGGACUGCUCUGCGAAAUAUGUGCCUUGCAAAGCCCCCUGGAAGGGCCAAACACCACCACCCUCUUCCAAAUGAAGCAGCAGCCUUUAAAGGGUGGCUAGUUUAAAAGUAACGCUGUAUGCAGCUCGACUUCCAGAUCAAAGUCUGUGGCUGGAAAAAAAAUGGGUUUUUUUCUUUCCAUAAGAGAACCUCACAUGCAGCUGCACUAGCUCGUAAGCUCUUCUGCUAGUAGAGUGUUUGUGGGGGUUUGUCAUUAUUUUUUUUUAACACCUCUUUUAAGUUUUAACAACUAGCACUGACAACAAGCAGUUUAUGAAGCUGUCCCUGGGGAGGGGAUGAAGCACACACUAUGCAGUCAUGGCUUUUUUCUUAAAAAAAAUUAAAACAAAAAAAUAAAUCUAAAUCCACCACUGAAUGACAGAGCUGCUGGAGCCAGCCGUUCUUCUCCAGCGUGCUGGCCUCGGGGCAAGGUUACUGCCACAGCUGCCGUUUCCAGAAAGUCUGAUUUAUCCUCCAUCCCUUGCACUCUUCAUGUCCCAGCACGUCUCAGUGCACUCAAGUAACAUCAGAUGGCUUCUGACUGUAAGAAGGUAAGAAGGAUGGAGUGAUGAGCUAGGCCAGCUCUGCAGUUUGUUUACACAGCCCAGGCCAUGAGAACAGCAGAGGUGACUCAGACUCAAAGGCUUGGGGAACGCCUUUAGCUCACACAAGCACCCUAUCCCUGCUCUUCUGGGAACAAAGGAAAAAAAAGAAAAAAAAAAAGUGUAGAGCAGGGAGCUCUCAUGCCUGCUUUUACUGAAUUAUGGCUCCCCCUGACCUUGCAUGGUGCAACAUAACCACCAUCACCCCACCCUGAUCUCACCUGCAGCUCCCAUGGACCACCACCAUGACUGCCACAACUGGCCGGCAACUCCCACUACAAAUUUGUCUAAAUCAGCCAUUCUGCCUGUAGCUGUGCAAAGUAUCGCUCAGGAAAAUGGCCAGGCUACUGCGACUACAGACAGAUUAUUGAUCUAGCUUGAUGCCAGGGAAGGACACCUACAUCUCUCACACCAACUUCUCAAGGCUCUCGCAAAUGCAGCUUUCAAGAAAAACAGGCACUUUUUUGUGCAUCACUUCCAUUUUGUUCCAUAACUACGAUGAAAGUCAUCAAAAGCAAAGCAUUAGGGAGGCAGAAAGAGAUCUUACUAUUUUUCCACCUGAAAGUGCCACAAUUACGGCAGCUAGAGCAACCCUGGAGCCAACACAAGAUGUGCCAGGCAGCCCAAAACAGGGGAGGAAUUGCAGUAUGUUUGCAAAGAUCUGAUGGCAGAAGAGCACUGUUCAAACAGAAACGGUAUUCGGCUGAGGACAGCUUCAUUGUGAAUGUAACUCUCCUUGUUUCCUCCUCGUGGUUCAACAGUCAGGCUAAGCCACGAAUCCUGCUAAAGACCUUCAGCUUUCACUGCUUGUGUCCCAGUUGCUCUCUUACAAGUUGCUUCGUGUCACGUUCAGGUAACUUGCCCUUUGGUACACGCGGAUCAGCUGUUUUCUCAGAAGCACCUACACUUCAUAGUGGGUAGAGCAGGACUGCUGGGAGGGACUGCCACACAGACACUUCCACCUCUGAGCAGCUGAGCUGAGCGGUGCCAGCCCACCAACCUCCCAGCAGUGCUGUUCGCAUGCAGAGGUGAGAAGGGUGGGCCCGCGGCUUCCACAGCCUACUUCUCACCCACACCUGGCUCACACCACCUAUAAACAUGCCCAUGCAGGCUUCUUAAAUCCAACAUAAAUUCAAAAGCCACCAACUGCAAAGAAUAGUGGAGCUCUCCAGCUUGUGCACAAAGAGAUAUGCUUGAACUGGGGAGUCCCCCCCACUGUGGAUACAUGCCUUCAGGACACCACUGCAGAAAAGCUGAAUGACUUGUCAAGCGCCGGUGUGGAAGCAAUUGCCUCUGAGCAGAACAGCCAACUGCAGCUCCUCUGAACUCACUCAGAACAAGUUUUCCAUCACCGUCUCUGCAUUUGUAGGAGGCUGGCUUGCACUUCUCCUAGGUGGCAGUUUGAGGAAGGGGCUGGUUGGAUAGAACAGAAAUUGCUUAAUGGAAUAGGAACAAUUAUGAAUGGCACAAGCUGAGAUAAAAAAAAAAAUGCAUUCAGAAUGUCUUUAAUCAUUUAA